AUGUCCAAGACCACAGCCCAACACGACGAGGCCGACAUUAUCGUCCUACCUCAUCAACAACCCGGUCCGCCACAGCCGGGAGUCUGGACGCCGUGGACGGUGCACGAUGGCGAGUUCUACCCUUCUUUCUAUGCCCUCUGCACGAACGUGUACUGCACCUGCAAACAUCACGUUCAUGACACCAAGCUGUUCAUGGUGGCGGAACACGCGCCAGGCGGAGACGCCGUCGGGCAGCGGUACCGCGCGCUCGCAAACCAGCCCACCAUGUGUAACCGCGUCGGCGGUAUCUUUCGCCCUGACGCAGUCCGCUCGGUGCCCGGUGGACCCUGCUUUGUUCGCAUCGCGGACGGGCAGGUAACGAACCCGGACGGCACCACCGUCGCCUCGGACCAGGAGGAGAGGGACGCGCAGGAGAUCAGGAAUGUGGUUCGGAUCAGCGCCCAGAACGACGAGAGGGAGAGCAACAAGGACGUCAUCGCGGCCCCGCAUGUCAUGAGUCACGAGCAUCGCCAGCACGCUGUCCAUGCCGAAAACGUGGCUCUCCACGAGGCGCUCGCCCGUCGUGACAGCAGAGUGGCAGAGUUGGAGCACGAGACGCGUGUGCUGGGACGUAAACUCAAGAACACGGUCGACGAGAUGAGCGACCAGGUGGUCGACCUGCAGGAGGAGGUUGGGCAGCUCAAGCGUGCCGCUGCGGAAAGGGCGCGUGAGAUGUAG